GUUGGGAGGAAGAGGCAGACAUUAGGAAGGACAUGGAGGAAGUGGCUGCUAGUGGCCCAAACACCUGAGACAGGAUACCCAGGAGGGACAUCUUUUCAAGAGGAGACUGUGCUUAGCAUGGACUGGGCUGAAGUCUAAGACCCCCGGCUGUUAACAACUGGGUCCAGGAUCAUGUCUGCUAACAAAGGCUGGUGGGUGCCACCUGAGGGCGAGGACAGCGUGUCUGAGAAGUUCCUAAGGAAGACCAGGGACUCUCCAUUGGUACCCAUAGGCUUGGGAGGCUGCCUGCUGGUGGCAGCAUACAGAAUUUAUCGACUGAAAGCUCGUGGUUCCACCAAGAUGUCCAUACAUCUGAUUCACACCCGAGUGGCAGCACAGGCCUGUGYUGUGGGUGCAAUCAUGCUAGGCGCUGUGUACACGAUGUACAGAGAUUACAGCAAGAGGACGGCACAGGACACUGGGGAGAAGUAGUGCUCCUGAGGGGGCUGGGUGGCCUGACCCCCUCCUCAGCCUCUGUAUGUGCCUAAUAAACCAGUACUGAGGAAAGUCAAGUGUCUUCUUCACUAGCAGAGAGCAGAGGAAGGGACCUAGAAGAAAGGCUGGAUAUCAUAGAGCUUUGGUUCCCAACUCCAGGGACAGGGAGACAUAUAAGGGGCAGUGGUCUCCUAAGGUCAAGGUAGGCAGACCUUAAAUCCCAGAAUCCCAUCAACUCCCAUACCACCUCAGGUCUGCCCAGAAGCAGCAUGGAGUGCCCACGGGAUGGAGGGGCAACGAAGGGGCCUUGAGGCUCAUGGGAACACUGAAGUAAGAGAAAGGCGUUCCUCCACAGACUGCUUUCCCUGGGGACCCAGG